GUUUAUAAUUAUUAAGUGUGUUAAAAGAAGGACAAUUUUCACAUAUUGCAUAAAAAUAAGUUUUGGUUUUAAAUUUAGCUAAUCAUUUCUAAAAUACUAAAAAUACUAAAAUAGCAUCAUGGUUUUAAUCUUAUACCUUAAAUUCUAAUCCAUAUCUCUUCAAAAUUAUACUCUAAAUGUAAAAUAUAAAAUUCAAACAAAAAAAAUAUAGAUAAUUAUUGGAAAUGGUGUAAGUUUUUUUCGGCACAAUGACGGAUGGAGUAAGGGUUACAGGAAAAUAGACAUGAGAAACAGUUAUGGCGGCAGAAGCCAUAGUUGGGGAACUUACGUCUUUUGGUUUACAAAAGCUUUGGGACCUACUAAGCCAAGAACGCGAGCUAUUUCAGGGAAUUAACGAUCAAGCAGUAACUAAGCUAAAAAGUGAUCUAACCUUGUUAAGCUCUUUUCUGAAAGAUGCAGAUGCAAAGAAGCAUACAUCUGCGGUGGUGAGAACUUGUGUUGAAGAAAUACAGGAAAUUAUUAAUGACGCGGAAGAUAUAAUUGAAACAUAUCUUCUUAAGGAAAAACUUGGAAAAGCAGGCACUAGGAAUCGUAUCAAAAGACUUGCUUUCAGUAUUCCAGAUCGCAGGCGAUAUGCACUAGAAAUUCGAGGCAUACUUACAAGGAUCUCCGAGGUUACAAGUAAAAUGCGGAGCUAUGGUGUAGAACAAAUAACCGUGCAGCUUAUUGCUGGUGGAGGGUGUAUUCCGCAGCGUCAACGUGGUAUACAAACAUUUCCUAACGACCAUGAAAGCGAUUUUGUGGGAUUGGAGGCAAACGUUAAGAAAUUGGUUGAACAUUUAGUGGAGAAAGAUGACAUUCAAAUUGUUUCUGUUACCGGGAUGGGUGGUCUUGGUAAAACAACCAUUGCUAGACAAGUUUUUAAUCAUGAGGAUGUAAAUAAUCAGUUUGAAAGACUCGCAUGGGUGUGUGUCUCACAGGAGUUUACCCGAAUAUCUGUGUGGCAAACGAUCAUGCAGAAUCUCACAUCUAAAGAAAGGAAAGAUGAAAUACAGAAGAUGAACGAAGCUGAACUCCAGGAUGAACUCUUUUCAUUGCUGGAAAAAUACAAAUCACUAAUUGUCUUUGAUGACAUAUGGAAAAGAGAAGAUUGGGACGAAAUCAAGCCAAUUUUUCCACCCAAAAAAGGUUGGAAGGUGCUACUUACUUCUCGAAAUGAUAGUGUCGCAAUGCAACACGCAACACAUUUCAAAUUUAAACCAGAAUUCCUAACUGAUCAAGACAGUUGGACACUUUUCGAAAGAAAAGCAAUGCCAAGAAAAGAUGAUCCUGAAUAUAAGGAUUAUGAGAAGUGGGGUAAGGAAAUGGUCAAACAUUGUAAAGGACUACCAUUGGCUGUCAAAGCGUUAGGAGGUUUGUUAAAUGAAGUAAAAAGAGUGGAUUAUUGGGAAGGAUUAUCUACAAAUAUUGGAUCUGAUAACGUGAUUGGAAGAACCAUCGCCCACGAAAAUUCUAUAGACCGUGUAUUCUCUUUGAGCUUCGAAGAGUUGCCUGGUUAUUUGAAGCAUUGUUUCCUUUAUCUUGCUCAUUUUCCAGAAGAUUAUGAAAUAAAUGUAGGGCAUUUGGCCUACUACUGGGCUGCAGAAGGCAUACCACGACAUGGAGAAACCAUUAGACAGGUCGCAUAUGGAUAUAUAGAAGAAUUGGUGAAGAGAAACAUGGUUAUUUCUGAGAGAGACGCUAUAACUUCAAGAUUUGAAACAUGUCAGUUGCAUGAUGUGAUGAGAGAUCUUUCUCUACGUAAAGCUGAAGAAGAGAACUUUGUACACAUUGUUGAGAUAAGUUCCUCCACUGCGACCUCCCAAUCUCCUUGUAAAUCUCGCCGAAUCGCAGUACAUUGGCUUUAUGAUGAAAAAUGUCUUCGGGAAGGGGAGAUUUUAAAUCAAAAACUUAGAUCUCUCUUGUUUAUCAACAAGGAUCCACUCACGUGGUCAAAGUGGAUGGCAUCAGGUAUGUUCUUUACAAAGCUACGGGUUUUAGAUCUCUCUAAUGCGGAGUUUAAAGGAGAGAAGUUACCCUCUAGCAUUGGGAAGCUUAUACACUUGAGAUAUUUGAGUUUAUAUCGGGCAAAUGUAUCUCAUCUACCGUCUUCUAUGCGUAACCUGAACCUACUGCUCUAUUUAAACCUAUAUGUCCUUGGGGAAUCUCCAAUCUACAUCCCCAGUUUAUUUCAAGAGAUGCGAGAGUUGGCAUACCUCUGUCUUCCGGAGCCGAUGCAUGAUAAAACAAAGUUGGAAUUGGGUAAUCUAAUCAACCUAGAGACAUUGAAGAAUUUCUCAACAAAGCAUGGUAGUGUGAAGGAUCUUCAACGAAUGACACGGCUCGAGACUCUGUCAAUCUCAUUCACUGGCGAUGGGUAUACGAUGGAAACUCUAUCCUCAGCUCUAAGUGAAAUGAAACAAUUGGAAAAUCUUACUAUAGAUGGGACAGGGGAUCAUGCUCCCAAGAAUGAUGAAGAAGGAUUUGCUUUGGAUUGCGAUCAUCUCAAAACGCUGGACUUGACUAUAUAUAUGCCAAAGUUACAACACUUCCCUUCUCACCUGGUAACCAUAACUCUAAGUUAUUGCCGUUUGGUGGAUGAUCCAAUGCCCAUUCUAGAGAAAUUGGUUCAGUUGAAAGUGGUUCUUUUUUUGAUUGAACCUUUUUGUGGGAAGAGAAUGGUUUGCUCGAGCGGCGGGUUUCCAAAAUUGCAGGAGCUAGUAUUAUUUGGACUAGACGAAUGGGAAGAGUGGAUAGUAGAAGAAGGCUCCAUGCCCCUUCUUUAUUCUCUGCGUAUUUUGGUUUGUCCAAAAUUAAAGGAGCUUCCUGAUGGGCUGCGAUUCCUCUAUUCCUUGGAAGAUCUGACUAUGGGCAAGAAAAAAUGGGAGGAGAGAUGUUCGAAAGGAGGAGAAGAUUAUUACAAAGUCAAACACAUCCCUUCUGUUGAAUUCAGCGAUUAAAUGUACACAGGAAAGUGAAAUAUACAUGAAGAGGUGCAGAUUAUGUGUUUGAUCUCCUGCACUGUUUUGGUCAGUGAGCUUCUUCUCAAGAGAGACAGAGAGAGAGGGUUUUCACAUAUCAUAUCUAUCCAUUACUUUGUUACUUUGUCAUUCUUCAAUUAGUACAAUUAUCUUUGUGUUUUUCUUUUACUUGUCUGUUAUCAAGUGACUCGGCUUGACUGCUACAAUCUUUUUAUCUCUGUUUAUAACUUUGUAAUUUUAUAACUUUGAACUUUUUGAUUUACUAUUUUCUUGCAAA